AUGAAGAUAAUCAAUUUAGUCUUUGCUUUAUGGGCAAUUGCCAUCCAAUAUGGGAUAUAUGCUUUAUCGACAAAGGAUCCCAAACUUGUUAAGGAACACGCUAGAGAUAUGAAUUCGGGGGGACUUGAGGGACUCGGGUCGACUCUAAAUUCUAGACCAUUCGAUUAUCAUGUCUUUGAUAAGAGACAUCCAAAUCAUAAAUUGAGAGUUAGAAACACCGAUCCCGAAGAUUUAGGCAUUGAUACAGUCAAGCAAUACAGUGGUUACUUGGAUGUUGAAGAUGAAGAUAAGCAUUUCUUCUAUUGGUUCUUUGAGAGCAGAAAUGAUCCAAAGAAUGACCCUGUUAUUCUUUGGCUAAAUGGUGGACCAGGAUGUUCUUCCAUGAUGGGUUUACUUUUUGAAUUAGGUCCUGCUUCAAUUGAUAAGAAUUUAAAUCCAAAACACAAUCCAUACAGUUGGAAUAAUAAUGCUUCGGUUAUUUUCUUGGAUCAACCAGUGAAUGUAGGAUUUUCUCAUUCCUCAAAUUCGGUAAACGAAACGGUUACUGCUGGGAAAGACGUCUAUGCAUUUUUGGAACUAUUCUUUAAACAAUUCCCGGAAUAUUCUAAUCUAGAUUUCCAUAUUGCCGGUGAAUCCUAUGCUGGGCAUUAUAUUCCGGCGUUUGCUACAGAAAUAUUAUCACAUGAUGAUCGUUCAUUUAAUUUAACGUCGAUUUUGAUUGGGAAUCCGCUUACAGAUCCGUUGGUCCAAUAUGAAUACUAUAAACCAAUGGCUUGUGGCGAUGGUGGUGCUGAUGCAGUACUAUCCUCAGAUGAAUGUCGUGCUAUGGAACAAUCCUUGCCAAUAUGUCUUUCGCUAACCAGGUAUUGUUAUGAAAAUGAAUGGGAAUGGAGUUGUAUCGAAGCAGAUAAUUUCUGUACCGAUACACAAUUCAACCCUUAUGCAUUGACUGGAAGAAAUCCGUAUGAUGUUCGUAUUGACAUGGAGGGCGAUAAGGGGUAUAUCGAAAUGGAAUAUGAUGAUGAGUAUUUGAAUAAACCCGAAGUAAUGAAAGCUCUUGGAGUUGAAGUUGAAAAGUUUAAUACGUGCAACAGCAGUAUUCAUGAAAAUUUUGCUAGUGAUGUAAUGAGACCUUUUCAAAGGGAUGUUCAAGCAUUGCUUGCAGAAGGUUUGCCAGUAUUAAUUUAUGCUGGAGACAAGGAUUUUGUUUGUAAUUGGUUAGGUAAUGAAGCUUGGACCAAUCGAUUGAUAUGGGAAGGACAUAGCAAGUUCGUCAAAUCCCCAAUUAAGAAAUGGGAAGUUGAUGGCAGACAUGUAGGAGAUGUUACUAGCAGUGACAACUUUACUUUCUUAAGAGUAUUCAAUGCUGGUCAUAUGGUUCCUCAUGACCAACCUGAGAAUGCAUUGGAUAUGAUCAAUAGAUGGAUUAGUGGUGACUAUGCAUUUACUUAA